AUGAUCUAUAUUUCUUGGUUCGAAAUUGCCUAUUCAAUUCUGGAUGUUGUUGUUUCUCCAAUCGUUUUCUCACACAACUCAAUAUUCUUGGUUUUCGCAUCAGCGAAAGAUAAAUUCCUUUCAAAAUUCACUUUUUCAAUUCUGAACUCAGUAUACUGUGGAUUCUUCGGUUCUUCAAUGGGAAUGUUUGCUAUUCAUUUCAUGAAUAGAUAUUUCAUAGCAACUGGGUGAGUAGAACCUUUGAAGAAAGUGGCGCCUAACCGAUACAGAAUUGUUUAUAGAUCUUUCUCUCAAACAUUCAAAGGAAACCGAAUUUUCCUAUGGAUGUUUAUUCCUCCAAUUUAUGGAAUCAUUUGGGGUUCAUCUCUUCAUUUUCUUUGUGGUCCCAAUGAAAAGCUCAACAGAGAAAUCGAAUAUCCUCUAUUAACAGCCUUUGAUUUGAAAACUGAAGAUAUAGUUUACGUCGGUCCCUAUAUAUACCAAAAGAAUUUGAAUGGAGCUUAUGAAAUCGAUCAAAAUUCGGUCAUUGCUAUUGCUAUUAUGUGGUGUCUUCUUGGCUCUUCAUUUUUCGCAAUAAUCUACUUUGGAACUCGAUGUCACAUUCAUAUAUCCAAGUUUUCAAAAACAACAUCUAGUCAAGGUGUAUCACUUCAAUCCCAGCUAUUUUUCGCAUUAGUUACACAAACCAUGAUUCCGGUAGUUCUGAUGCAAAUUCCUUGUGCAAUUUUGUUUACGUGCACAUUUCUCAAUACAAAUCUUGGGCAACUAAGUGGAAUAUCAACGAUUACAAUUGCUAUAUUUCCAGCUAUUGAUCCACUUCCAACAAUGCUUAUUGUCAAGAAUUAUCGAGUUGCGAUUUCAGGAUUUUUUAGAAAUUAUAAAGUCGUGAAGGUCGAGAGAAGAGCCGGAAUAUGA